AUGAUAAAUAACUGUGUGCUGGGCAACAGUUUAUCAUGCUCUGAUGAGCUAGAGGCAAAAUGUCUGAGGACUACUUCUUCAUUAAAAAAAGCGAAGAAGUAUGUAAAGAAGGCUGAAAUUAAUUCAGCCAUAGAAUCAGAUAUACCUCCAACCCAUGCCACAGAAAUCGAGAAAGUUUCCAACAAAGAUAAGGCUGAGAAGUCAUUGGAGCAUCUAGGCAACAUAUCUAUGAGGUUCGAAAAUUUAGUGCUUGAUCUGCAAGAAAUCAAGAAGAAUCAGGCAGAAAUUUUGGUAUUUACAGCUUCUCACAGAGAAGCAAAAAUCAUAUUGUCCUGCCUAAUGUUAGAACAUUUGUGUUUCCUUGGAAAGUACAGAUGA